AUGGCGAGCUCCGACGACAUGGCGCGCUUGGACGUCUCCACGGACCUCGCGUGCGUGAUCCUCUCAAAGAUCCAUGACGUCCCGACGCGCGCGGCGCUGAUGUGCGUGUCGCGGGUGUGGCGCGAAGCGGGGAAAGAAAAGACGUCUUUUCCUAAGGAGCUCGACUUCACCACGGUCCCCAACCUCGCGAACGCGACGUACGAGAAGAUCGCCGCAUUCAUGGAUCGCAUCGAGGGAAUCCACAUCAGGCUGCCGCCGGGCUCCGAAUGGCCCCGUAAAAAGCUCCACGACGGGGUCGCGCUCGACCGCAUGCGACUCAAGGGGACGACCGUGGCGUCCUGGGAGUUGACACCCCUGGAUUUUUACGUGAAGCACGACCGCAGAAAGGUCAGGGCGUUCGAUAAUGGCCCGUUCGACGUGUGGUGUUGCGGAAAUAAUUGCGACACUAUUCUCGAUAACGAAAGAAAACACAGCGUGUGCAUCGCUUGUGAUGGAAAAGACACGCACGUCUUGUGUGUAGGCUGCGCCGACGCAGACACAUACCAUAUGUUCUGCGAAAAGUGCAACGCGUUCGACUGCAACGAAAACUACAUGGAAGAGUGUGCCAAUUGUGAAGGGUGGAUUUGCAUGGAGUGCUCUUUCAUCUGCAAUCAAUGCGAUAAAACAUUUUGUUACGAUUGCAAUUUUGGUAUGUGCUGCAGCGGAUCGUACAAGUGGAAGAAUGGUAAAGCAUGUUACCGGACGUACUGCGAAGACUGCGCAUUCGGUGAGAUUUUUUUCUGCGAGGCGUGCCAAGGGGACUGGUGCGAAAAGUGCAACGACUCCUUCGUGUGCUUCGGAUCGGACGAGCAGAAAGGCUGUUCGGUAACGAGAUGUGUUGAUUGCCAAUCGCAUGGAUGGACCCGCGAGUUGGACGAGCUGGCGAAAGCGAGGCGUAGGGCGCCGGUGUGA